AUGAAUGAUAAAGAAGAGUGGUAUGAAAUGGCAAAAAUAUGCUGGUUCAACAGAGCAUCCCCUGCACCACCCUUACAGUUCCACUCCCAGGUACUAAAUACUAAUAAUAGCAGAAAGACUUGUGCAAUUUAUAAUAUGGCAAGAGAAAAAGACAAAACCCCUCAGGUAUUGAAGAUUGCUGUCAGUGGAGUCACUGAGCUUCUCAGGCUUUUCUCUCCUUCCCAACAAACAAGCAUAUUGAGCGGCGAUAUUGAGAAACAGAACAAUGAAUUCACAGUUUCAAGUGUUGAUGAUGUUCUAAUCAUCAUCAAGUCUGAUUAUGACAACGCAUAUUUUGUCACGGGGAACUUCACUUCUUCAAUUUAUGCAGAAAACUGUAUCUUUGAAGAUCCAACUAUUAAAUUUAGUGGUAGGGAGUUAUACGCGCGAAACUUGAAAUUGCUUGUUCCCUUCUUCGACCGUGCCUCAAUUAGGCUACUAAAGAUCGAAAAGGAUGUUAAAUCUGACACAAAUUUUCUGCGCGCAUCUUGGAAACUGAGGACCAAUUUAAAGCUUCCUUGGAGACCUCUGAUUGCUAUCGAUGGAAGCACUUCUUAUGAAUUGGAUGAUAAUUUCAAAAUCAUUAGGCACGUCGAGAGUUGGAAUGUUUCCGCACUCGAAGCAGUUUUGCAGAUUUUCACUUUCGAGUUCAAAAAAUCGGGCGGUUAA